CUUUCCUCCCGUCGCUGGAGUGGAGUGCAAAAGUGCAACCCGACUUUGUUUGGUCAAACAUUCUCGGAUUGUAUCGCCCUCGAGUGCGCUGAGUCUGAGUUGUAAUUUCUAGAUCCUCAUUGACAUUUCACAAUAUUUGUUCUGAAACCAAUGAAGGGCUCAUUCCUUCACAAUUUGCACAUUUGGCCAACUUCACCACACGAGAAAUGCCACAGUUCAAAAAUCUGCCCAACGACGGCAGGUGAUACAUUUCCCCAGCACCAGCAGGACCUUGUCAGAAUGCCCCUGGUACUUGAGGGCUCGUUGCACUUCUACAUCUCCACCUGGCAAACCAACAGAAUGCACGCCACAGGUUUGAGACGUGAAAGGAGAGCUCUCCUGACGCCUUUGGGGCCUGGCAGCGGUUUGAUUGGCUGGCACUACCACAGCCACCAGAAGCAUCUUUCGAUGGAACCACCCCACCUCCAGCAGCAAAGGUGCAAAUUGUGGUAGAAUGCUUUAGUCCUUGAUCCAGCCUCUGCGUGAGACCAAGGUGACAG